CCUCUCUCCUCCUGGAAGCCGGGCAUUUCUAUACCCCUUGAGUAACUUUUGCUGCAGCCAUUUUCUGGACUCCUCCUAAGGAUGGCAAAGUCUGUCCUACUGCCACCAGCUGAGGAAAUGCGCGUUUGGUGCUACCAGCGUGCCCUCUUGCGUCCUGGGAGAGCACACACGCAAAGCAAGACGGAGAACACCCAGGGAGACACAAACACCAGGUCCUAAGGUUCCAAUCAAAAUCUAAAAAGAAGCCUCUCAUUUUCACACCUCAGGCACGAAGGUUGGCCUCCGGCUGCAGCCUUGCCUGUGGGAUGGAGGUGACGAUGCAGAAGGACCUCAGCUGAGGAAUCGUGCCUGUUCGCUAGGAGCUGCACAUCCACAGCAGUUGUUUCCACUGCUCGCCGCCGCCGGCUCCCGCCCCUGCCGCCAUGGCCGCCCCGGCGCCGCCAUCCCCGCCGCCCGCCGCUCGCCGCUGCCGCCCGCCGCUGCCUGCCGUCGAGCCGCUCCUCUUCCUGGCCACCCUGUCCCUCGGCCUGCAGGGCCCACUCGCCACCCAGUACCUCUGGGACCGGCUGGGGGCCGAGCGCGGCUACAGCGGCCCCAAUGCCACCAGCCCCACCGGCUGCGGGAACGGCAGCACCGCUGCCGACCCCCUGCGGCAGGAGGUAGAAGCGCUCGUCUCCCACUGGAACCUCUGUAUCAACCUGGGAGGCUUCUUCGUCGGUCUCUUCUCCGUGACUCUCUUCGGACCAUGGAGCGACAGCAUGGGCCGCCGCCCGGCACUCAUCCUGCCGGCAGUGGGUAUGGCCGUGCAAGCGGCCAUCUAUCUUCUCGUCAUGUACCUGCAGCUGCACGUUGCCUUCUUUCUCCUUGGACGCGUUUUGAGCGGCCUCAUGGGAGACUACAACCUGAUCCUGGCCAGCUGCUUCGCCUACGUGGCCGACACCAGCGACAAACGCGCACGUACAUUUCGCGUCGCCAUCCUCGAGGCGUGCCUUGGCGUUGCGGGCAUGCUGGCCAGCAUCGGCGGCGGCCAGUGGCGCAAGGCACAGGGGUACAUCAACCCCUUUUGGCUCGUGCUUGCUGCUAGCCUUGCCGCCGCUCUCUAUGCCGCUUUCUGUCUUCAGGAGUCGGUGAAGCAGCAGAAACCAGCCAAGCUGUUCACGCUCAGUCAUUACAAGGCUGUCUACAGGCUGUACACAGCCCCAGAGCACUUGAGCUCCAGGCGGAAGCUCGCACUUUACUCUCUGGCUUUCUUUCUUCUGGUGACCGUACAUUUUGGAACCAAGGACCUCUUUGUUUUGUAUGAGCUUGGCUCCCCUCUCUGCUGGGCCGCUGAUCUCAUCGGCUACGGCUCAGCUGCCAGUUACCUGGCUUACCUGAGCAGCCUGGGAGGGCUGCGGCUGCUGCAGCUCUGCCUCGAAGACACCUGGGUGGCAGAGAUAGGAUUGAUCUCUAAUAUUUCUGGACUAGUUGUGAUUUCUCUUGCUACUACGAUGCCACUGAUGUUUACAGGUUAUGGGAUUCUGUUCCUUUCCAUGGCAGCCACUCCAGUCAUCAGAGCCAAGCUCUCCAAGCUGGUCGGUGAGACGGAGCAGGGUGCUCUUUUUGCUUCUGUUGCCUGUGUGGAAGGGCUGUGUUCUCUUGUGGCUACAGGAGUGUUCAACUCUCUCUACCCUGCCACCUUGCACUUCAUGAGGGGAUUCCCAUUUCUCUUCGGGGCUGUAAUUCUUCUGAUUCCAGCAGCUAUUAUUGGGUGGAUAGAAGUCUGGGACUCGAACAAUGACUACAGUCACUUCCUAGAUGCUUCCCUGUCCCCUGCAGACGGCUGAGCAGCAACUUAGCAACAAGGAAUUGGCCAGCUCGGCAGUGUCCAGCUGAAGACUGCUCUUUAUUCUUCCCUUGAAGGACGGAUUAGCGUGGGAGGGACACCUUGCUUGUCCUUACUGAUUCUUAAGUCACAAAUAGUUGGAAACCAUGGCUCUGACUACCAGUAGGAACUUGAUUUGCGGAUGUGAAUGCCUCCCCACCGUUGUGUUGGCUCAUCUGUCAGAGAAAACCCAAGAGACCCAAAAGCCAAUCAAGAAUAAAAGCUAUUGUUGGCCUUUUGCAAGGCCGGUUAGUGGUUUGGGGUUUGGUGGGAAGGGAGGGCUCUGUGGCAUGCUUUUAGUGGUGAGAGAGAACUGAAUUCUGGUUUAAUUGCCAAACACGUUCCCCUCCGAGCACUGCAGUGUGCAGGAGAUGAGCUGUGGUGUGGGUGAGGCCCAGCCCAAAGCCUGCAGGGUGAGACUGAAGCAGAGGUACCCAACAGUGAGCUGCUGAGGAGAAAGGUCUGCGCUUCGAAUCAGCCUGUUGGCAACAAAAGUCAUACAAAUGUUGCACGCCAGACUAGGCUCCUGCAGAAAUCCUCGUGAUGAGCAGCAGUUUACCACAGGUGUGCUAUUGCCGUCGUGAUUGACUAAACUAGCUUUAGCUUCGCAAGUUAGAGGUGUCCGAGGGAGAGAGCCUAAUGCACGAAGUGCUGGUAGUGAGGAGUGCCAGUGGCACGUCCUGCCUGUCUGUCUGCAGCUCAGCCCGGGAUUUCAAAGGUACUUCCGAGAAGUAACAGCUUGUGUGAGAAUACUACGGUGCAGGUAUGUGCCUGAAUUUGCAGGUGCCCAAACUGAUGAAUUUAAGGCUAAAAUUGACAGAAUUGGUCCUCCCUAACCCUUACAUUAUAAAUUUGAGGCCCCAGCUGGGAUGCGUGCCCUAGUCUCAUGUGAAAUUACUGCUGUGCUUGUGGCAGAGCCAAAAGCAGUCCUUCCUCGUCCAUACGCAGCACCGUUGGGAUGUGCUGGCGUGGGAACAGGACUAGUGUCUUUGGAGACAAAGUUAUGCCCCAAAAUUUUGUGUCAGUGACCUCGCUUCUGCUGCCCUUCCCAGGAUAUGUUGAUGCCAGCAAGCAAACCCCACGUUCAUGGUACUCAUAAUUGUUCUUUUCAAAGCAUUACCUGUAUUGCCUCAGUCCUCGUGUCUUCAAACUGCCAUAAACCAGCAGUUUGGUGUACAUUGCGUUGCACACACUGUUCAGACGCAUGCAAUAAUGUCGUUAACUGUGAAAUUGCUUAGCAGACAUGUUACUUUCAGAAUGAUUAAAACCUCCAUUCUCUUUUAUGGUUCAUAAAAAGAUAGCUUUUCUUA